GAGCUUUUUAAAAUAUAAGAUAAUAAUUUAUUCUUUUUUCUCUUGUACUGAUGAUUAAUAAUGAACAGAUGUCUAGUCUUUUGCCAAAAGGCAAGUUCCAUCCAUAAUCUCCUAGCCUUGCCUCCUAUAUAAAUGUCCUUUAAGCCCGUUCCUCAACUCUACUACCACAAGCUUCUUCUUCUUCUUCUUCUUCUUCUUCUUCUUCUUCUUCUUCUUCUUCUUCUUCUUCUAUAUCAACUCCACCAUCUCUUCAAAUUUUAGUUAACCUGAAAAGCAAAAGCCAUGACCAAGUUCAACAAGUCUCAAAUUGUAAUGCUCUCUCUCUUAGCUGCUCUUCUCUUUGUAACACCCCUUUUAUCUUCUUCAUUAAGGCCUAAGUACCUCUACUUCAUCAUUAAUCUUCUUAUUAUAGCUCUUGGAGCUGAAGCUGGCCUUCUUUCUGCAGUAUUUUCCAAACCUUUUGACGACAAAAAGCUUGCUGUUCCUGUUUCAGUAAAAUCCCAGGUGGUAACAGCCUCGGAAGUCUCAUCAUCUCCUGAAGCAAAAGCAAUUCCUCCUGCAUGCAGUGAAAAAAAAGCUAGAGUUGUUGAAAAAUCAGCGUCUGAGAAGAUUGUUAGCUCUGUGAAGGUGGAGGAGAAAGUGAAGAAAUGCCCAUCCAUGCCAAGCCUUUUCUUCAUAGGAGGUGGAGAGACAGAAGUAGAAGAUGUAGCUAAUGAAAAACAAGUAGAAGAAGACAAAGAAGAGGAGGAAGCUGGAGGACUCAGCGGGCAAGAGCUGUUCACUAAAGCAGAAACAUUCAUUGGCAACUUCUACAAGCAAUUGAAGAUGCAAAGGGAAGAAUCUUGGAAGAGGAUUCAUGGUUUUUAUCAAAAAGCUUUUUAAGGAUUAAUCAUGGUUAGGCAGAGAGCUAGAGGACAACCACAGCCAUUUCAUUCAUAGUUCAUCUCCUUCUAUUGGGUUUUGUACAUAAUUUAAUUAAGUUUCUACUGCUAGCUUUAUAUA